CGAAGUCCGUCCAGGUAGCGCCGGCCCUAGCUAGCCCUGUGUAUGCAGCUGCGGUGAAAAACUUAUUAGACUGUAAACGUAGAGGUGGAUCGUUGAUGAACAGGGUUCUUCAAAAAUGUCCUCUCAGGAGAAGACAGAUGCAUCACAGCAACAACUCCAGUUUGCACCAUUCAGUAGUGCCCUUGAUGUUGGGUUCUGGCACAAACUUACUCAGAAGAAGCUGAAUGAAUACAAGCUUGAUGAUCGACCAAAAGACAUCUAUGGUUACUACUACAAUGGUGAUCCUGAUGGAUUGCCAUGCAGACUUUGUUUGGAAUUUAAUGCAUUUGAUCAGUCAGAAACUACUCCUCCUCACUGUUAUUCUUCAAGGGGAACACUAGUCAACUUUAAUACUCUGGAUGCUUUCAAAACAUGUGAUAAAAAGGCACUGCUUGAUGUCACAGCUGAGAAGCUAUGGGAUGACAUCAGACAAGACAGUGCAAUUCAAGAUCCAUCCUUGCUGUCUCGAUUCUUGCUUCUUACAUUUGCUGAUUUGAAGAAGUAUCACUACUGCUACUGGUUUGCAUUCCCAGCUCUAUUAGCACCAGAAGGAAUUAAACUAAUUCAACCACCUCAACGGUUAGAUAAGGACAUGAAUCAAGAGAAGAUAGCAGCUCUUGAAGCAGCUUACGAUACAGCAUCAGAGUCAUUGGGUCAAGAUCCUGCAUUCUUUCUGAUAUCAACAGAAGAUGAGAAGACUGCGGUCUUACCCCUGUCAGCUUGGGAUCAGAUCACAGAUAAAUCCAAGGUGAUGUUUGGUUAUGCUGAUCCCUGUACUUUAGACCAAUAUCCAGGAUGGCCCCUAAGGAACUUCCUCUGCCUCAUCUCAUGUCACUGGGCUUCCCAGCUGGAACAAGUAACAGUGGUCUGUUUCAGGGACAGAACUAGGGAAGGUAUCCGGAACAGUUCUCAUAGUUUGGUUCUUAGACUGCAAGUUCCUUCAACAAGUUUUGAAAUAUCUUGUCCUAAAUGUGUUGGAUGGGAGAAGAAUCAGAGGAAUAAACUUGGUGCAAGGAAAGUUGAUUUAAGUUCUAGUAUGGACCCAACAAGACUAGCUGAGACUUCAGUUGAUCUAAAUCUCAAGCUUAUGAGAUGGCGUCUGAUGCCCUCUUUAGACUUGGACAAGGUUUCUCAGACAAGAUGCCUUCUGCUUGGAUCUGGUACUCUUGGAUGUAAUGUGGCAAGAUGUUUAUUAGGUUGGGGUGUUCGUACCAUCACUUUUGUUGACAAUUCUACCGUAUCCUACUCAAAUCCUGUAAGGCAGAGUCUCUUUGAGUUUGAAGACUCUUUAGGAGGAGGAAAACCCAAGGCUCAAACUGCAGCUGAGAAGAUACAAAAGAUCUUUCCUGGAGUGAAAACAAAAGGAAUAAGUCUCUCUAUCCCAAUGCCAGGACAUGCAGUAGGUACAUCAGAUGAAGCAAUACAACAAACAAGGGAGUCUGUUCAGAGAUUAGAAGAGCUAAUAGAUGAGCAUGAUGUGUUAUUCUUAUUAAUGGACACACGAGAAAGCAGAUGGCUUCCUACUGUCAUAGCAGGCAGUAAGAGAAAGAUUGUAAUGAAUGCUGCAUUGGGGUUUGAUACCUACCUGGUGCUACGACAUGGAAUGAAACCCCCUCGAGACCAGCCACCACCAGACCAAACUCCAUCAUCAUCAACAUCAGAAGCAGCGGGAGGGGCAGCAUGCUCCACAUCCUCCAUCAAUCUCUCUCAUAUUCCAGGAGAUAAACUAGGAUGUUAUUUCUGCAAUGAUGUCGUUGCUCCUGGUGAUUCCACCCGUGACCGGACGUUAGACCAACAGUGUACAGUGUCGAGGCCAGGUCUGUCGAUGGUUGCUGCAGCGCUGGUAGUUGAACUCAUGGUCAGCAUUCUACAACAUUCUCAGGGAGGCUAUGCAGCAGCAGAGACCAGUGCCAAGGAUUCUCAUCUGACAGUUGAUCUUACAUCACCAUUAGGUCUAGUCCCUCAUCAGAUUCGAGGAUUCCUAGCACGCUAUCACUGUGUGCUUCCUGCUAGCAUAUGCUUUGAUAAGUGUACAGCAUGCAGUGAUAUCGUCCUGGUGAGCUAUGAGAGAGAUGGCUUUGACUUCUUACUCAAGGUGUUUAAUGAACCACGGUUUGUUGAAGAUUUGACAGGACUUAGUCAGCUGCAUCAGGAUUCGGAACUUGUAGAGAUCCUUGAUUUCAGCGAUGAUGAAACAAUGAGCUCAUCAUCUCAAUAAUUUCAUCAUUACUCCUGGAUCUUACUGGAUAUCAACAGGAAAGAGAUGUUCCAUGUGAUACAGAGAGGAAAACAAAUACAUCACAUUUUGAUAAGAUGUUUUUAGGGUGAUAUAUGAAAUAUGAGGUUGUUCAUCAUUUAUCCUUUGUUGUUGGUUCUAUUAAACCAGUACACUGUGAUGUAAAGAGAUUAACCUAAAUCUCAUCAACAGUUUCAUAAGUACAUUAUUUUCCAGAUGUUUACGAUUUAUAUCAAUCAACAAUUCGAUUGUGUCCCUGUGUUACAUGGCACAGUUAUGUGGCAGACUCCUAGCGCUAUAAAGAUUUUGAGAUCUAAUGCUAGAUCAAAUAUUCAAAAGCCCUUUGGUUUUGAUAUAUUGUAAUAAAAAAGAUACCUUUUAAGAAGGGUUUUUCUUAUUAUUAUUGUUGUUAUCAGUGUUUGUGUGUGUUUUACAUGUUAGUAAAGCAAGAUAUCUUAAUUUCUAGAAUGUACAAUACUUUACAAGUAUUGAGAUUAACAUUUGUAUGUGCAUCAAGAUAUAGGCGUAGAAGAAAUUUUUAACAUAGACACACAGGAAAAUGAUAUUGGCUGAAUUUGGUAUAAUUGAAGAAAAAACGGUAUGCAGAAGCAAAAUACAAUAAUGAAUUAUUUCAAACCAAGUAUUUUCUUUUAAUUUGUUGUAUAAAGGACCGCAAAUCCUCCUUUCUUUUUCAGGAUAAUUGCUAGCUAAAUGGCAUCAUACCCUAUAGUAUAGUGCUCAUGUUAAUAUAUAUAUAUAUAAUGAAGUGUGACUUGCUUUUUAAAAUGUCUACAGAACUUGUAUUAUUCACCAUCUAUAUCAAUCUUCUGCAUUUGAAAACUGCAUUCUAUGAUAUGAAUGUAACUUACAUAUUAUACCUCACAAAUGGACAUUGGUUAUAAAAAGAAUUUUUGAAAUGGCUUCUUGAAUUGAUAAUGAUAUUUGAUAAGCGCUAAAGGUGGGGAUAUAAUGUGCUAAUAAUAAAAGAGAUCAAUAGAGCUGCUCCUCAGAUAUUCAUAUUGUAUCAGUGAAAAUGAGUUUGCUAAAUGAUUUAUUGUGUUUGUUAGCUUUAUUGAAUUUGUAUUUUGGAAAUUUCAAUGUGUGUCUACUUAAAAUAGUAAAUAUAUCUGACCUAUGAGUGAAAAAGAAGAUUGAUCGAUGUUGAAAUUAUUACUCCAUGUCUUAUGAUAGUACAGUAGCACAGGUAAUGCAGAAUCGGAUGGAAUGUUUUAGAUAAGUGAAUAUUAUAGGCCAUGUCACAUCCUGCCAUCUAAACUCCCCAUCUGUGAAAGAAUGAGUACAUACUUCAUUUAUUCUUCAGCUGGUUGUCUCAAGUAUGUGGACUAUAUUAGAUAUGUUCCUGGUUAAAUUGUACGCCAUUUGAUACCGUGUGACAUAAUUAGAUAGAGGCAAACAAAUGUUAAAUGACAGUAUGUGGCAAUGCCUUGAAAGUUAUAUGUACUAUAGCUGCCAUUUUUAUGAGAUAGAAUGUAGAGUAUACUGUUACUUGCCAUUGAGAUAGAGAAUAAGAUAAUUAUCUGAUAUUGAGGUAGAAAUAUAAUUGCAAAUUAUGAUGAUUAUCUUAAAUUUCAUUUUUUUUUUCAAUGAAAGCUUUGUUAGAUUUUUACGAGAUGGGUAAGUUUAUGAUUAUUGAAACUUGCUCAAAUACAAGGGACAGAUUGUGUGUACACAUCUAUGGGAGAAAAUAACCUUAAUGGGGAAGUUUACCCUGACAAAAAGCUUAUUGUAAAAAUAGCAGAAAAAAUAAUAAUAAAUAUUGCUGAAGGU